AUGCCCUUUCUCUUCGGUCCUCACGUGUCCCGCUCGGGAAGGGUUGAGCGCCCCCGGUCCUGUCCCAGCGCCACCCAAACGAGGGUGAAACCUGGGACCAGGGACCGAGUGGGGCAGACAAGUGGGCUGGAGAGUGACGGCCCCCACCUUUGCCGAGGAACCGCGUGCCCCCGUCCUGGGAGGCAGGACAUCACCGACCGCCACAGCUCACGUGGACAUCACCGCAGAGGGGAUGGGUUCCUGCGCCAGGCGGUGCGGAGGGCAGGGCUGGAGACUGGUGGCCUUCGGGACACUGCAGCCAGGUCUGCGGAUGCGACGGGGCUGGUGCCGCAGCCCUUGCUCAGGCCGACAGCCAGGCUGGAUGCCUGCGCUCUGCAGCUGCCCAAGGACGGGCAGGGUCAGGACAGCCGCCCCGGGGGCAGAGGUGGACACUGGGGUGACCUGCAGAGCGGGCGGGUCUGGCCGGGGCAGCCGGGGUUCAGUGCGUCCAGCACUGCCUCCCGCUGCGACCUCAGGGGCGCCGCUGGGCAGCUCGCAGCUCUCAGUGUCCAGCGGGCACCGGGGAAGCGGGGGGACGGGGCAGAGGGUGAGCCACCCCCGUACCUCCUGGUGCGGCUGGAGCCUGAGGCUCCCUGGUGCGUGUGCGGGAGGGCUGUUGGCGGGGACAGCCGUGAGGCCCGCACGCUGGACAGAGAGGAACAGCCCCGGCUGUGGGUGUGGAGGUCCACGUCGUCAGGGCGGCCCCGUGUUGUCCCCCCAGGCCAGGACCUGCUCCUGUUCCUGCAGGCCCUGCAGAUGCUGUGGUCCACGCGGGAGCUGCGGCAGGUGCUCACUGACAGGUGUGCAUCCCCCGCUACGGUCCCUCCAUCACAGGUCUCCAGAGACCAGAGUCCUGUCUCAGCACUUUUCCUCUGUGCUGUUGUGGUCAUCACUCAAGGUGCAUCGUCCUGUGUGUUCUGUGGGUUCUCACCGAGCGCCUAUUACUCCUCGGUCUGUGGGCUUGACCCUCGGCCUCCCCACAACCACACAUCUCCCUCACCUGUGCGUCUGCCCUCUAGGCCUUGCCCGCCAGGCAUGUCCACCAUGGGCACAGGACUCCUCGGCCAGGUCUGCCCUGGUACCAUGACCCCAGCUGCAGCCCCCGCCCCCCAGGCCCCAGCUGAGGCUGGCUCUCUGGUCUCCCAGUGCAGUUUGAGGCUGAAGCAGCUGCAGGCCCAUGUGGUCAGGGUCCUCGCUGAGAGCCCCCCUAGUCUCGUGGAGCCGCUGGUCAGCAUCCUCCAGCUGCAGGAUGCCGACCAGACCCUGCUGACUCACAUCCACCAGCUUCACCAGGAAGGCAAGUUCAAAGAAGCCGUUAUGCUGGGCUUGAAGAUGAAGCUGCAGCUCGAACUUGAUGUCAAAAAGAUGAGCACCCCACUGCUCCUCCAGGACAAGGUGACCCUCGUAGAGCGUUAUGUAGCCAGCUUCCCGGACCUCCAAAGGGGAUUGCUGGCCCUCCCGGACUCCUGGUGCCAGCCUGGCUUUGACGUCAGAGUCGUGGCCAGACAGCACCCACAGGUGACCUCCUUGAGGCUGGAGAGGCUGGGUCCCAGAGUGCUAAGUCGGCAGGCCCUGGACACGGGUGAGCGGGGCCCCCACACCCUGGCGCUGUGUCCCCAUGCUGUCACUCAGUAGCGCCUGGCCGCCCUGCACUGUCUGUGCUGUAAGUGGUUUGUGGAGAGAAGCCUGUCUCGGGAGAACUGGACUGACCACGUGCAGGUGGCUGGGCCUUGCUGUGGGUGUCCGGAGGCUGAGCUGACGGGUGGGACACCUGUGGGCCCCGUGGGUCCCCCCACUCCUGUGCUGGGCACUGGGCCUGUGGGCCAGCACGAGUGGCUGCGGGAGGGGCUGGCCUCUCCUGACAACGAGGCCGUGGCCACCCGAGGCGCCCUGGACCUCUCGCUGCCCGAGGAGCGGCUGCCAGCCACGCACAGCUCGGCCAGCUCAAACUCCAGGAGCGGCGAGUGCUCAGGCUCGGGAGGCUGGACAGCUGAGGUGCCUUUCCAAGACCGGAGGGAUGAUUACUACCAGCUGCCCGUCGCCAGAGAGGACAUCCUCUCCUUGGACUCCUGGGACCUGGCCAGGCACGAGGAGGAGCUCCUGCAGCCCAGCCAGGUGGUCGGUGCGGACCUGGAGCGGUGACCCUCGUUUGGCACAGGGGCCCGGUCCCAGGCAUCCAUCAUGCAGGUGGCGGUGGAGGGCCGUGUGUUCCUGCUGGACCUGCCUGUGCUCCCACGGCCAACAGGAGGGCAGGUGUCCCAGGCCUUCUCCAGGCUGGUGUCCCAGCUGCUCUCGGACCCCUCCAUCACUAAGUUGGGUUAUGGGAUGGCAGGGGACCUUCAGAGCCUGGGGGCUUCCUGCCCCGCCCUGGCUCACGUGGAGAAGCAGCUGCAGGGCAGUCUAGACCUGCUGCAGGUGCACAGGCAGAUGCAGGUGUUGGACAAGCCAGCUCUAGGCAGGGGUGAGGCCAGGCUGCGGGGCCUCAGCCUCCUGGUGCAGCAGGUGCUGGGCAAGGCCCUGGACAAGGCACAGCAGCUCUCCAACUGGGACUGGCGGCCGCAGCGGGGGCAGCUGGUUUAUGCAGCUGCCGACGCCUACCGCCUGCUGGAGGUGUACCAGGCUCUGUGCAGAGAGCCCAGCUUCUACCUGUCUGAUGACCUGGCCAGGAGCCUGAGGCCAGGGUGCAGGGAGAGACCAUGGGCCCAGGAGCCGCCUAGCCUGCAGGAGGCCUCAGUCUUGGCUUGGCAGCUGAGCGAAGCCCCUCAGGGUGCCUGUGGCGGAGAAGGAGGGCGCCGCCCCGAGGUCCCGGGCAGGGCCUUCUGUGUGCUGUGCGACCACAGGCUGCAAGGGCUGGGCGCCGGCGAGGACACCGCAGGGCCGUCAAGGUGGACCAGAGCAGUGUCCCCCCAGGCCCACCGCGUGGGACGGUCACCUGGGCGGCUUCCAGGGACACUGCUGCUCCAGCACACGUGGGUGGUAUUCUUCGUGCCACCCCCACUACUGAGGAAGCUGAAGCCAGAAGAAUUGCGAGGACCUGCCCUGUGCUGUCCCCCCCCGUCCCCCCCGGUGCUGAGGCUGCAGCAGGAGGGAGGGCCGGAGCUGGGCGAGAAGGGCCUCCUGUGCCGGCCCCUGGCAUCCAUGACAGGAUGUUGGCUCUCUCCCCCAUCUCUGGCCCCUCGCGGGCCCCCUCUCCCGGGGGCCGUGUCCUGGCGUCCAGGGGAGGAGAGCACAGAUUUUGAUGUGAGCCCUGAGCAGGGAGCCCGUGGAGCCAGCGGGACCAGCCCACUGCAGAGCUGUAUUCAGGCUCGUAGCAGACGGCUGCAGACGCAGAAGGCCCGGGGGGGCGGGGGGGCUGGCAUCCCGAGAGAGGCCUGUCCGGCCUCGGAGGACUGUGAGUGGAAGGCCUUGAAGGUUGCCAGGCAGGAGGGAAGGAUCAUCUUGACAUCGGGGCUGCCUGACCACACUUCUGUGCAGCUCCGGGCCCAGGUCAGGGCUGGGCGCUGCCCCUCGGUGGACCGCUCCCUCAGCCAACAGCAGGUCAAGGCCAUGCUCAAGCAUUACAUGCGUGUCACCCAUGCAGACAUCUUCAGGCGCUGCCAGCCCCUCUGUCCCCGGGCCUGUAACUGUGACCAGUACCUGAAGGUCUCCAAGGACAUGACGUGGCAGCUGUGGCUCAGCAGCCACCAGGAAGGCCCCAGCAGCACAGGGAUGUGUGCCCCAUGGGGUGGCCACGGGCUCUGUGGGGUCUGUGGACAGUGGCCCAACGACUGGGAUGCUGACGUCCCUCCUUGCUCUUCCCGCCUCCCUCGGAGGUUUCGGGCCAGAGUGGGGGCCACCCACUCUUCAGUCAUUGCUGCCUCCUCGGCCGCCCGCGGCCUGGCCGUCUCCGUGGCGUCUCCCACGCUCGUAGUGGGGGCUGAGCGCUCAGAGCAAUGCUUCCACCUCUCCCGGCUCGACUCGGCCCUGGAGGAGGCCCCCAGGGGCUCCAGCUAUGAUCUGGCCUGCCACUGGCUGGAGGCGGACGACCUGCAGGCCGGAGCGCACGCCACCCUGGGCCACGGCACCUGGCUGCCGCCAGCAGGGGUCCCAGAGGGCGUGCUGCCGCGGCCCAGCCUGCAGCCCUUCUGCUGCACCGGCUGUGGCAGGGUCUUCUGGGAGGGCUCCCACCUGGGCCGCAUCACCACGCAUUUCAGCGAGGUCCUGCAUGGUGCCUCCAGCCCCUGGGAGCAGAGCUGA